UAACAAGCGCUGGGCAGAGACAGCAGGGGCAGCCCAGCGUUUGGUGAUAUUCCUGAAUCUUCCACAUCAGGCUGUGUUCGUUUGUGUAAAAGGCACGAGCAGCAAGCUCUGCGGGCGCCGGAGGAAGAACCUGGAAGAGCCUCGCUUCGGGUGUCUUCUGCUUGAUUCUUCGCGUUGCCGUACGCCCCUUCCUCCUCCUCCUUUUUUUUUCUUCCUCCGGAGUGUGCGUGCUUUGUUGUAAGGGGAGGAAAGGCAACCGGCUUGGAGGUAGCGGGGAGGAUGGUGAAGAUGAUGAUGUGGAAGAAAUGGAGAUGAAACGGAAUAUGCGGAUUCGGGGACUCCUGUUGCUGCUGCUGCCGCCGCUAUGGGCUGCGCUUCUCCGGGACGUCGUGGCUGUAACAGGCACAAAAAUUACUGGAAUGCCAAUCAAACUGAAGGUGUCCCAAGGACAGCCAGUGAAACUGAACUGCAGCCUUGAAGGAAUGGAAGACCCAGAGAUGCUGUGGAUCAAGGAUGGAGCUGUGGUCCAGAGUGUAGACCAGGUGUACAUUCCAGUAGAUGAAGAGCACUGGAUUGGUUUCCUCAGCUUGAAGUCUGUAGAUAGAGCAGACUCGGGAAAGUACUGGUGCCAAAUUGAGACCAAGGGGAAGAAAAAAGAAUCUCAGCAAGUGUGGCUCAUUGUGGAAGGCGUUCCUUACUUCACCAUUGAACCUGAAGAUCUGUCUGUAGUCCCUAAUACUCCCUUUCAUAUGGCCUGUGCUGCAGUUGGUCCACCUGAGCCAGUUACAAUUGUCUGGUGGAUGGGCGAUUCAAGAGCUGGGCUUCCUGACAUCUCCCCCUCCAUCCUCAAUGUGUCAGGUAUUAAUCAAAGCACAGUUUUCUCCUGUGAAGCCCACAACAUAAAGGGCCUAUCUUCAUCUCGGACAGCCACUGUGCAAAUUAAAGCUGUCCCUUUUCCACCUCUCAAUGUGACGGUAACCCGAAUCACCAGCAACGAUGCCAGUGUCACUUGGGUGCCUGGAUUUGAUGGCCGUUCCCCACUUCGUUCUUGUACAGUUCAGGUGGCUGAACCUGAAGAAGAGGAGCAGUUUUCCAUAGAAGUUAUCCCUGUCCCAUCCUUUACCUGCGGUUUACCUGGAUUAAAGCACUCCACCAAUUACAGUGCCCGGGUCCAAUGUGCUAAUGAAAUGGGAAGCUCCUCUUUUACAGAAUGGGUCUAUUUUCAGACCUUGGGUUUAGCUCCAAACAGUACUGCACAAAAUGUACAUGUUAUCCAGAGAGAUUCUUGCCUGAUUUUGGAAUGGGAAACUGCAGCUUCAGAAAUGCUUAGAGAUGGUACUGUGGGAUACAGGUUGGAAUGGAUUCAAGAUAACAUAACUCAGGGGGAAAUGGUAGUGCAGGAGACAAGAGCUAACCUUACUAUGUGGAAUCCCCUAAAAGACCUUAUCAUAAGAGUGUGCAUGCUCAACUUGGCUGGUUGUGGACCUUGGAGUGAGCCUUUACUGGUAACAGCCCAAGAUUUAAUAGGAGGACAGCGACAGGCCCGUUACGGCACAUCCUGGGUCCCAGUGGUUCUAGGAAUUCUUACUGCCCUUGUUACAGCUGUUGCCUUGGCACUAAUCCUCCUGCGAAAAAGAAGAAAAGAAACUCGUUUUGGUCAUGCUUUUGGCAGCGUGGUGGGAGGGGAUCCCGUGGUCCAUUUCAGAGCAGUGAGAUCUUUCAACAGAGAAGGCCCAGAGCUUAUCGAAGCAACAUUGGACAGUAUAGGAAUCAGUGAUGACUUGAAGACCAAACUGAAGGAUGUCCUGAUCCAGGAGCAGCAGUUUACUUUGGGAAGAAUGCUAGGCAAGGGGGAGUUUGGAUCAGUAAGAGAGGGUCAGCUGAAAUUGCCCGAUGGCUCUCUGCAGAAGGUUGCUGUGAAAAUGCUGAAAGCGGACAUAUUCACUUCAAGUGACAUUGAGGAAUUCCUGAAGGAAGCUGCCUGCAUGAAGGAGUUUGACCAUCCCCACGUCACUAAACUGAUUGGAGUCAGCUUGCGCAAUCGGCCAAAAGGACGACUUCCAAUCCCAAUGGUUAUCCUGCCCUUCAUGAAGCAUGGAGAUCUUCACUCUUUUCUUCUGAUGUCCCGAAUUGGAGAUAAUCCUUUUAACCUGCCUCUUCAGACACUUUUAAAGUUUAUGAUCGAUAUUGCCAGUGGCAUGGAGUAUCUGAGCUCCAAAAACUUCAUUCACAGGGAUUUAGCUGCUCGGAACUGCAUGCUGGAUGAAAACAUGAACGUGUGUGUUGCUGAUUUUGGGCUCUCAAAGAAAAUCUACAGUGGAGACUAUUACCGUCAGGGCUGUGCCUCUAAACUGCCAGUAAAGUGGCUUGCACUGGAAAGCCUUGCGGACAAUCUUUACACAACACACAGUGACGUGUGGGCCUUUGGUGUGACUAUGUGGGAAAUUGUGACUCGAGGGCAAACUCCUUAUGCAGGCAUUGAGAAUGCAGAAAUUUACAACUACCUCAUCAGUGGAAAUAGACUGAAGCAACCGCCAGAGUGCCUGGAAGAUGUCUACGAUCUCAUGUGCAGAUGCUGGCAUUCGGAACCGAAGCUACGCCCAAGCUUUGGAGCCCUGAAAUUGCAGCUGGAAAUGAUCUUGGCCAGACUGACUUUGCUCUCUUCCAGUCAAGAUCCCCUGUAUGUCAACAUUGGGAAGCCACAAGAAACUUCCAGGAAUAACCCCAUAAUUGACUGUCCCUUUGGAACUUUGGGCAGUGAGGUGAACACUGUAGGAGCAGCUGCUGCAGUUACUAGUGACUAUCGCUACAUCUUGAGCCCCUUGUGCCUUGGGAAUGAUGCUGAAAGAGAAAGACACCUGGAUGCAUCAGAAGGGGAGGCUAGGAGCCUUCUUUAUGAUUUGGAGAUGGGAGAAAAACCAUGUUAGUGUGGGGGAAAAGACAUUUUUAUAUCCUCCAAUAAGACAUGUUUUAUCUCUGUCAUCAAACAGUACUGCUUUAUAUAAAACACUUGUAGGCCGCUUUGAACCAGCAUCAUGUGGGCUCCUUCUGUAGCUGCCUACAGCUGCUUGGUUGCUAUAGCUGACAGUUCAAAAGGGUCGUGAAGCCUGAUCUUCUCUUGGCCUUUUGAUGGGAGGCUCAACAGUGAGACAGGCCCCAGCUAUUACAGCCAAUGAGUGCUUAAUUGCCUACAGAAUUCUCACUAAGUACUGAAGUCAAGUGGGAUGCUAGUCAGUAUUUUCUGUUUCUUGAAGAUAUUUUUCCAGCUCUGGGUAAACAAGAUUGGGACCAACGUAUCUGGAAAUUAUGAUCCGGCAGGUAUUCUCGUUGAUGUAUACUCUCCUUCAGGGUAGGAGGGAGAGAAAGCCUCCUUUAGCAGUACUGCCUAGACCUCUUGUCUACCUCAGUGGUUCUCAAACAAUGGGAUCUAUAUGGCUGCUUCUGUAAAAAGAAGAAACAUUCUGCCCUUUUCUCCAAGUGGUGGUCUGUGGACAGAUGUAGGCAUCCCUCAAGCCUUACUAAGCAGCUAAACAAUUCCACCCCCUACUACAUAUCUUUACUUUCUAAUACUUUAUCAUUGACAUAAAAUGGGUUAUGAUCAAAUUUGCCAUUGAGAGCAAAACUAAGGGGGGUGAUAAAUGCAGGUGGACAUUAACCAAGCUUCAAACAGUUUGUAAGAGAACAGUGCAGAAAAAGUGGGCAAUGUGUGGAAUAAAUUGAUACUAAAUCAUGCAGAGCUUUGUAUAACAAGACAGGAAAGCAAAAUGCAUAUAGAAAAAAGAGAUCUAUAGUGAACAUAAGAGGCAGCACUUUUAUUAAAAAUGAACAGAAUUUCUUUCUAUCCUACCACCCUAUUUUCACCCUAUUUUUUUUAAUGAGCAGAAGCUUAUAAGAAGGAAACUGGUAAACUGACAUCAUGAGAAAAAUCAGAUGCCAAUGAGAUGCUUUCUAUGUGAAGAAAUGGUUUGAGAAUCACUGGCUUACCUGACUAGAGGCUCUUCUGGCAUUCUGUAUAAGUUCAGCUGCUUUAUAACAUAGCUUCUGAUAUUUUGGCAACAUUCCAGAGGGACAUACUCAUUUUUUUAAAACUCUCAUUUUUCAAACCAAUCUGCCUGAUUAAUUGCAAAGAAGAAUAACACAUGCUUUUUAAAAAAAAGAUGGAAUACAUGUGUAAAUCAAUGUAUUUGUACAGCUGUUCCUAACAUAGAACAUGACAUCUUAUUAUGGCUGCCUGAAUUUUUUGCAUACUUAAAUUCUUCCUCUCUGUUUGAAGGACUCCCUGAUGCUGUGAUAUUCAGCAUGCAACAGAGUCAUAUCAGAUGUGAUGCAAUUGAAGUUAGGAUAUUUGUCAGUCCGACUGAUUUCCAAAAGAGUGUGUAUAUUUCAUACUCUCCUGUUGAAAUCAAUGGGACUUAAAAUACCUGAUUUUUUUCUGGAACAUCCCCAUUAUUUGCAGGCUGCAGAUCCUUCAGAAGCAGUCUGCACAACAAAAUUGCAGAGAGUGAAAAAAAAAUGCCACAGACAGGUCUUGUUAAUCAUGGUUACUUGUUAGCUAUUUUAAUUCACCAUUUAAUGAGUAGCUGUUUCUUUGAAGCUAAAAUCAUCAAUCAGGUCCUUUUGAGGGACACUGACACGGCCCUUUAUACAAAUCACUUAAACAUAUCAGGUUUUAACCUUCCUUGGUCACAUAAAUAGCAUGGUUAAAGGUGGCAAUAGAACCAAAGUGUGUUUAAAGAACAAAGAGGUCAUUUUACAUCUUCUUUUACUAUUCCAGAAAACAUAAUUCAUAUAAAUAAAAAUCUGAUCCUGCAUUCCAUUUCUGCCACACUCUAGCUUCACCUUUCACUAUCAUUAAGAAAUAGAAGCCGGAGGGGCAGGGGGCUAUGCAGCUGUAUGCUGUGCAUGCACUACUCUUAAGUUACUCUCCUCCCAUUCCGUGGGACAAAGAAAAUGGGUUGUACUGAGCAAGACUUCUGGUAAUGGGGUACAUCACCAUGGACACAUUUACACCACCCAGCAGCAUCAGUGAGCUCCUUUUACUCUCUACCAUGUAAAAAUGUAUUUCCUUCAAGCCUGUGAAAAAAAUGCUUACUUAGCCCUUAAUACCAUGUAUCAUAGGCAACGAUCCUAAAUGCACUAACUAGGGAAUAAAUCCCAUUGAAGUCAGUGAGAUUUAUUGCUCUGAAAGCAGCUACUAAGGUCCAAAGGAGACAUGAUGGUAGCACCCAUGCUUAACAACAACAACAUUUGAUUUAUAUACCACCCUUCAGGACAUCUUAAUGCACACUCAAAGCAGUUUACAAAAUAUGUUGUUAUCCUCACAACAAACACCUGUGAGGUGGGUGGGGCUGAGAGAGCUAGAAGCUGUGACUGACCCAAGGUCACCAUCAUUAAAAAUUGCUCAUCAUUAAAAAUUGGAUACAUGCAGCACUCACAGUAGACAUGAUCAAUCAAAAUGACCUCCCCUCAUAAUGCGAUUGCCUCCUAAGGUCCAUUGAGGAGGGAUGCAGAGAAGAGGCACAAUGUGUUACAUUGUUUAUUGGAUCUUAUAAUAGAUGGGGACAUUCUUCCCUUAACUGCUUCCACAUGAGGAUACGAAAAGUUGCGCCCCCCCCCCAUGGAAUCAGACAUGAGUAGGGUGGAGGUGUGAGGUGUUGGCGAUUGUAUAGCCUGCCCUUGCACCCCCUCCACAUUACAGCUGAGAUGUUGUUCUCAAAGCACUGCAGUUGAAUUGGGGGGAGGAAAGUCCUUUAAGGUCUUAAAGUAGGGAUGUGAUGUUUAACUCCUUUCUGAAGGCAGUGCUUAGCUCUUCCUCUCUCCAAACUGGCUGCAGGAAAAAACAUCCACAUGGAUAGUCCAACCAUAGCCACCCUGUAGUUCCCCUUUGAGACAGAGCAAAGGAAUUUUUUUUUUGCUCUGACUCGAAGGGGGAAGUAUGGGAGUCUCACAAGGCAUGCUCCGAAUAUGUCUUGUAGAAACUUCCCAGAAAAUCAGGGGUAUCCAAGUCAAUGCAUGGAGCAAAAUCCCUAUGUGGAAACAGCCCCACUAUUCAUUUUGAUUAUCAGCAUUUUGCUAGUCAGUAAAACACGUCAUCAUGAUACUCUGAGAACCUUACAUAAAUAUACAUUGAGAAAUUGGGGGGGGGGGGGCUCAUUUGAAACUUUUAUCUAUGCUUAUGAGAACCAGACAGGGAGGAAUGACUAAUGUUAUAUAUUUUGUAUUACGUUAUUGUGAAAUAAGGCCCGAAAUAUUAGUAUUCUCAGAAGCAUUAAUUAAUCAAUUGUCAAACAGCAUGCUUGCUAAAACAGGUCAUCAUUUGUGCAGACAUCAUCCACAGCAUUCAUUUAUUGCCUGUCGUAUUUGGUUGUGCAUACCAGCUUUUCAUCAUUGCAAUGGCAUGCUAUCAAGACUAAUAAUUGGCAUGGGGUUAAUAAAAUGGAUGAGAUACUAACAAUAUUAUAAUGGUGAUUGAAAAUAGUUGUGUAUGGUAAAUUAUGAGACAUCCAUACUUGAUGUUCUAGAAUGAAGUGGUAGGUUUGGGGCCAAACAACAGUGUUCAAAAUGAUUACCCCCUGGACCAUUGUGAGAAAGUCCCAAGUUUUAAAUUUCAUUUUCAGUUUGAGUCCAGACUUGAAAUUACUAUUCCACCAUAGAUAGAAUCUGUGAUUCUGAUAGACUGCUUGAAUUAAACCACCUGAAGCAAGAGUUCUACAGAAGCGUUUUGGAUGGCCCACACAAUAAUUCAACAUGAGCGUAGACAGAAUUUUACGGGAUGUUAGGCAGUGACCUCCCCCCUUUAUUAAGCUUGUUUACAAGAGACACAGGAGAGUGGUGAAAGCCUAACUCUUAAUGAAGAAUGCCGCCAUCUCACUAGACCUGUGCUCUCAUGAAUGUGCAGUAUGAGACAUGAAGUUUAAUAGUUAAAAAGGCAUAGUUAAAAAGUCCUAUGCCUUUUUUGUUGUAACAACAAAUCUUACAUCAGUUCAAUGGGAUUUAUUCCCAGGUAAAUCUGCAUAAGAUUGCAGCAUAAGUUUCCUGCAGCAGCCAUUUAGAAAGAAAAGCAACUGUACAUAUAAAAUCUAAUUUUCUGAAGCACGUUAUUUAGUUUUUAUGCUUUUAUAAAA